AUGGCUCGCCGACGAAAAAACCGCACACACCUUAAAGGGGGCACUGCUUCUAGUCCUGGCACAGCGGAGGGCGUCCCUAAGUCUUUUGUGAUCAAGCAUGGCCAGGUUGGCUCCUCACUCACCCAGCUGGUACGCGAUGUGCGCAAGGUCAUGGAGCCUAACACGGCUAGCCGACUGAGGGAACGUACGCGGAACAAGCUCAAGGAUUUCUUCACCAUGGCUCCUGCCCUCGGCGUUACGCACCUUCUCGCCUUCACGCUUACGGACGUUGCGCCGUCUCUGCGGAUCGUGCGACUCUCAGCUGGCCCGACUCUCAGCUUCCGAAUAGAGAGGUACAGCCUUAUCAAGGAUGUCCUCAAUACCUCUCGGCGAGCCAGAAGUAUAGGGAGCGUGGAGUACCUGAGCCCUCCUCUGCUCGUGCUGGCCUCUUUCCCUCAGCCUUCCCCCACAACGCCUCCCCACCUCACGCUCCUUAUGAAAACCUUCCAGACGCUCUUCCCGCCCCUCUCACCCCAGACGCUUUCCCUCUCCUCCGCCCGCCGCAUUGUCCUCAUCUCCUACAACCCCGACAAAAGCACCGUCGACUUCCGGCAUUACCUCAUCACCGUAAAGCCGUAUGGCGUGUCCAAACGCGUGCGGCGCGUGCUGGAGGGCGCCUCCACAAAAGCCUCGUCCUCCUCCAAGGCAUAUCUCGAUCUUGGAGACGAGAAGGACGUCGCAGACUUCUUCCUGCGGAAGAAGGGCGAGCCCGGUCCGGCGGGCAGUGACGGGUAUGAAUCUGCCGCCUCGGACGCCUCGAGCGUUGCGGGCGACGACGCGGACGCGGUGUCGUUGGCGGACGACUAUGUGGGGAGGAAUAACAAAAAGGGCCAGAAGCGGGCGGUCAGACUGGACGAGAUUGGCCCGAGGAUGGAGCUGAAGCUCAUCAAAAUUACUGAAGGCCUGCCUGGUAAGGAGGGCGGUGUCAUCUACCACGAAUUCGUCAAAAAGACAAGGGCGGAAGCUAAUGCGCAGAAGGCAGAGCAUGAAGCGAAGGAGAAAUUGAGGCGACAGCGAAGGGAGGAACAGGAGCGUAACAUUCAGCGGAAGAAGGAAUUGGCUGGAGAGGGAGACGCAGACGAAGAGAGCGGCGGGGAGGGAGAGGACGCAGAGGCAAAAGAUGAUGUCCAGGCGUCAGGUGACGAGCGAGUGUAUGAGGACGAGGGCGUCUGGGACGAUGAGGAGGAAGUUAGCGGCGGGGAGGACGACAUUCACAGCGAAGGAAGCGACGAGGAGAGCAGCGAUGAAGAGAUCCAGAAGCCGCCACCCAAAAAGCGGAAAGGUAAAGCCGCACGGUAG